AAUCACAUGAUCCUCACUUAUUUAGUAGCAAUUUCCCCCCAUCUCCCCGUCAAAAUUAUUCAAAAGAAGUCCAAAAGCCAUCAAGUAAAAGAAAAGGAAACUUUGGUCCAUGUCUCCCCAACGGCUAGUAUUAUGACCUUUGCAUAACCAUAUCUUCAAUCUGCAAAACUAAAUUUCACAUUUGCAUUCAUUCACAAAUGGAAUCAAUCAAAACCCCAAUAUCCCACAAAUCAGAGCCAAGCCACCCAAGAAAAUCAGCUUCAAGACUUGCUUUAAUGGCGAAUAACCCAGAUUUUGGGAGUGAUACAGAGCACCAAAUACCACAUUUUUCAGUAGAAUAUGCUCCUUCACCAUCUCCUCCGAAUUCUACAAAAACCCCAUCGUUAUUAACCCCUUCGAAACUCUCAGUUACUAAGCCUAAAAAUUUCCUCCCUCUACAUGAACACUUGCUUCUCUCUCCUUCUCCUGUUAGAAAGUCCCGGACUCGGCUCUCGGACCGCCUUGAUGUAGCAGAUGAUCAUGCUGAACACAGAAGAAGGUGCAAGGUUAGGACUAGCUCUAAUGGAUUAUCUGCUUGUUUUUCGCCUCGAAACCUUAGGAGAUCAAGGAGGAGGAUUGAUCAAGAAGAAAGAGACUUUGCUUCUGUAGAGGAGGUAAUAAAGCCUAGAAAAAGAAGAAAUAGUGGCAAGUCCAAGAAAGAGAAGCUUACUUCAGCUCCCUCGUUUGCUCUUUCAAACAAUGAUGGAGAAGAAAGUACAUUGGAUCGUGUGAGCCAAUUAAUUUGGGAAUUGAUCAUGUGGAGAGAUGUUGCUAAGUCUAGCCUUUGGUUUGGUUUUGGGUGUGUUUGUUUCUUAUCUUCUUGCUUUACAAAGGGAGUAAACUUUAGCCUUUUCUCAUUGAUUUCUCAACUGGGUCUCCUACUUCUAGCAGCAUCAUUCAUUGCAAAUUCAUUGCAUCAAAGAGAAAAUGUAGCCAGAAACAUGGAAGUCAGCUUGAAAGAGGAUGACAUAUUGAGAGUAAUUAAAGUGAUUCUGCCUGCUCUAAAUCUUGUAAUUUCAAAAACAAGAGAGCUUUUCUCUGGAGAACCAUCCAUGACCCUGAAAGUUGCUUUGUUUCUCUUGGUUGGUGCUGAGUAUGGUCACCUUUUAACCCUUUGGAGACUUUGUGCACUUGGAUUUUUUACCAGCUUUACUGCCCCAAAACUAUACUCCUCAUAUUCUGCUCAAAUAGAUAGCAAAGCUGAGCAAUUCAAGUCAAGGGUGUUGGAAGCAUGGCGAGCUUGUUAUCACAAGAAGAUUGUAGCUGGAUCAGCAGCUACGGCCUUUUGGAAUAUGUCUAGUCUCAAAACCCGAAUUUUUGCAGCUUUCAUCUCCUUGGUGAUACUGCGAUAUUAUCGGCAACUCUCGAAAGAUAAAACGGAAGAAGAACCUGCAUCCGCUGAAACGGACGUACAGCCACAAAGACAAACUGCUGUUCAAGAACAAGAACAAGAAAUAGAGCCACAAAAAGUUUUGGUUGUGGCAGAUGGGAAAUAAAGCAGAGCUUUGGUGACUUGCUAGUCCAUAUGAUUAUUAUUCCUCUUUUUUGACAUUCCUGUACAAAUGUAACAAUUACGUAUUUCUUGCUCUAAUAUAAUAAUAAGAUGAAUAAGAAGAUUAUUCCUCUUUUCACA